GUGUCAUCAACGAGAACACUGCAUUUCUUCUUUCCUCUGUGGUCUGAAUGAAGGCGGGAACUUCCCCUAAUACAUAAGAGCAGCAUUUUCUCUUUUGUUUUAAAUUAUUGAGCUUCUAGAGUGUUCUCGAUUUUGUUUUACUAAAAUAUAUGGUCGCCACUUGAUGUGGUUGUGCUUUCCAGGGAUAAAGUCUUCAUAAUUUUUCUAUCAGCAUGUCAGCCAUGUUAGCUCACUGGAGUGUGUGUCUUUAAACUCCUCAUAAUCCAGUUAGAUAAAAAAAAAAUAAAGAUGGUGGUCAAUACGUCGCGGUCAUCGCAGUCCUCGACUGUGCCCAAAGUCCAGCAACAGAAAGAAAUUCCCAAUGAGGAAUUAUCAGAAUCGGCAGUUUUGCAAAAUCGUAUCAACGAUAGUACGGCAGAGAGUCUGGAAUCCACCAGGCGGAUGAUGGCACUAUGUGAAGAGAGCAAGGAUGCAGGCAUUCGCACCUUGGUGGCGUUGGACGAGCAAGGAGAACAACUCGAUAGGAUCGAAGAAGACAUGGAUAAGAUUAACGCCGAUAUGAAGGAAGCAGAGAAAAACUUGACUGGAAUGGAAAAAUGUUGUGGCAUCUGUGUUUGUCCCUGCAACAAAUCCAAGGAAUUCAAGGAAGACCCGAGCACGUGGAAAGGCAAUGAAGAUGGGAAAAUAGUGGGAAACCAGCCAGCAAGAGUUAUGGACGACAGGAAUGGAGCUGGGCCAAUGGGAGGCUACAUUGCGAAGAUUACCAACGAUGCUCGUGAAGAAGAAAUGGAAGAUAACAUGCAGCAGGUGAAUACAAUGGUUGGAAAUUUGCGUAACAUGGCCAUCGACAUGGGAAGUGAAAUUGAAUCUCAAAACAGACAACUGGACAGGAUUAACCAAAAGGAAAUUGUAAUUGUCAAGCUAAACAGCAACGUAGGGGCACGUAAGCUGAGCCCCCAGGGCGGAGACUAA